AUGCCCAAAACCUCCAAUAUACAGAAAGCAAAGCUCAAGCUAGGGAAAGGUAAACAGGCGCCCAGCAAUGCCGUAGACACCUCCUUCAAGGCCCGCUCUAUUGCACUGCCUUCACAGAGCAUCGCACAUGAUAGGCCUGAUGAAGCACCUACCACCAAGAGAAAGCUCACUCUUAAUGAUCUCCUUGCACACCUCAAACAUUACAAUACAGGGACACGGAGGGAUGCGAUCAUCGGCCUCCGAGAACUUCUGGAAGCACAUCCUGAGUUAAUCGCCCCCCAUUUGACAGCGCUGAUUAACAGCUGCGUUCGGAUAAUUGGUGACGAGGAUGCGAGUGUUCGGAAAGCAUUGCUCACGUUCCUGGGGUGGCUUCUUCACCGAGUCCCAGCUGAUGACCUAAAUCCGCAUGCGCCAGUCCUUCUCUUGUUCACAACUUCCGCGCAGACGCACAUUUUCCCGGAAAUCAGGAUUGAUGCCAUCCGAUUUCUGGACAUGUUUCUUGAAACUAUUCCAGAUGUUGUGACAGAGGGUUGGGCACAGCGCAGUGCCGGCCACGGAAGCAGAGUGCUAGAAGGCUAUCUAGGUAUUCUCAACGCUGGAACCGCUUUUGGCGAAGGAGCAGAUACUGGACCAGUCCGAGCGACUUCCAUUGCCAGUGUCGUUUUAUCUACUGCGUCUAAACUUGUCGUGCUCAGAUCUAUGACAUCCUUCUUCAGUAAAGCAUUGUCCCCAGCAAGCUCUAGUAGGAUGGAGUCUUCAACACCCAGCCUGAACUGGUUUUUAUCAGCGUCAUUCUCGUCCCCUGAAGCGUUCCGAGCAUUUGAUACCCUUCUACUUCCAGCUCACCAUCCUACUCAAGCCUCCUCAUCCGGGCAGCAACACUCACAGACGUGGUCAGAGGAGGCUGAUAUGGAUGUUCAUUUGGAAAGCUCCCUUGGCCAUUUCGAACAUGUCGUCGCAUCUCUCGGAGCGGGGUGGACGCUUCAGGACCUCGUGGAUAUUGACAUCCAAGAUUCUAAAAGGACGUCCGAAGAUUCGAGUACGAAAGUAUCAUUCGCAGCGCAUCUAGCUCGUACUCUUCAUUCCACGUUAAUCUCUACAUACCUUGAUUGUGCAGCAAGUGUUUUUUCUCCCAGCAGUCCUCCCGCGGAGAAUGAGUAUCAGAUGGUCUUAGCCGUGGGCGGGAUUUGCCGUACACUUUACGGAACCAUAUUUUGUGAGCCCGCUGAAGAUGACACAGUACGAGCUUCAGCUGGCGAGGACUUGCGACAGAUCUUGGGGUAUCUCACUCCGUACUUUCCUUUCACUCUUGGCGGAUCAAAUCUUGUCAAACGAGACAUCAAGGCCGAACAAGCGUUUCAGGAUUUGAAUCUCAUUUACUGUGAACUGACAUCGUUCCUUGUCCUUGCGAACCCGCAGGCGCCCCGUCAGCAGCGCAUUAAACCAGUGCGAGGGAGACGGCAGCGCUUCUCCGCACAAUCGCGUGCCGACGGUUUUUCGGCACCACUCCCAACCGUACAAGUAUCUCGCGUCAGUGAAUAUGUUAUUCAGACUCUGCGGGGUGAGGUCCCGGCUGGAGCGUCGCAGACAUCACUGGCACGGCCAAUCACGCCGACGAUAUAUUUGGCUCUAUUGCCAACCAUAUGGUCUCUUCUCAACAGCCCGCGUCGACUGCCCGGAGAGUCAGACAUGUCCGAUGCGGUUCUUCGGGUAGUAGUUGAGCACGCGAUUAAAGCGUCGUCAACGUCCGUCGUGAAGAAAUGCACGGUUGAUUUUCUCGCGCGCUUGGUUUUGCUUGAUAGGGAACCCGAAUAUCAUGGCAGUUUCUCUGUCGGGCUAAAUUCAGAGGGAGAUAAGAUGCUCACAGACUGGAUCCUACACCUGCCGAGAACGCUGUGGGAGCUCGGUGCCAGCCACUUGCCCACAUCGGAGAUUAUACUCCGCGUCCUCCUGCGACUGUGUCAGCGCCGAUCGCCCUUGUUACGUGAGGAGACUGUCUCAUCUAUAUCCGCUCGUCUGGUACCCUACUUCAUCAUGACACAUGCCACGCGAGGCAAACUGUCCGGUCCUUAUAUCAAGCUACCAUCUGCCUCACCUCUGCGCCGUCUGGUAUUGGAUGUCGUCUUCUCGCUGUCUUCCCUGGCCAGGGCUGACUAUGUUUUGUUGACUGCUGUGAGCGAGCUCGUUGACGGUACAGAAAUGGAAGGGUAUUGGACAUCAGUUAAGAGCUUUCUGUAG